AUCAGUAUUAGCGCGGUCAUCUUCCAACGCCGAUCGCGCGCGCGGCAAAUCGCUCGUAACUGGAUGAAAGGCCCUCUUUGAUAUUCGUGAGAGAGACACAAUGUUUCGUGAACACGUAACGAUGGAUCAAAUUUACUCGCGACGACCCAUAUCAGCCACGAGUAUCGCUGAUCGCGACGACUUUUAGGGGAAGAAUCGAAGAGUCGCGACGUGUCGAUCAAAGUCGGACAUUCGCGUCCAUGUUUUUUUUUUCCUCUUCUUUAAGUUUGCGACCAACGAAGAGAGGGAGGGACAUCAAGUCAUCGUUAUCGGUGGCAACGCGUGACAACGCGUUACGUUUCCCUCACAAACGAUGAGAUUUCGCGGGAUCUGGAGACGCCGCUUCGCGAACGCGGGUGUUCGACCUCGUGCAAAGGCCAAGCGGUAGCGCGCGAACGAGCCGGGUGCUCUCUCUCUCUCUCUCUUUCUCUCUCAUCUUCGAUUUAUUAGUGCGACUCGUGCACGUCGGGAACCGAUUCAACCGAUUGCUGCCUCGUUGGUGAAACGAAUCUUCGAUAACAACCGAUUUACCACCGUCUAUCAUGAAUACAACGCGAGAACAGUACGUUUCGCCGCAUGGGUGCCUGGGUUGACGAUCGUUUCGUGGUGGAGGAGGUGGUUCCUAGUAAUCAAAGUACUACUUGGACUUGGAGAAUCCGGAGUCGCGAUUGCAAUGGUGGUGGACCGUUGCAUGGUCGAUCGGGUGCCGACUAUCAAUCGCCAAACAAUUUUACGUCGAUCUGGUCGUCAGCAUCCCUGUUGCCGUUGCGCCGUCAGUUCACCAGGCAGCUCUAUGAGUGGCCUUGUUUACCGUUGUUUAAGUCAAGGACGAAACUAGACCUUUAUUAAAUCGAUUAUCGAGAACAAGAGCCGCCCGAGGAGCGUUUGUUUGCAAAUACAGAUAUAGUCCAAGUUUUUUUUGUUAUCACAUUCGAUUGUUUGCAUGUGUGUGUUUGCGUGCACGUUUGCGUACUGGGAUUGGUAUCACGGAGAGAGAGAUUGGAUCACCUGAAAGUUUUACUUUUCGAAGGUGAAUUCCGAAAGUACCAAUCACAUUCUUCGUCUCUUCAAUAUGGCCGAGUGGACCAAGUUCAACGAUCAAAAAAAGUUAAAUCGACCCGAUGAACAAGUGAAUAAGGACGAUACAAUCGUAAAGCAAUCGUACACCGAAAUAAAUGACAAUGAGAUUAUCAACGAAAAUUUAUGCCUGACAAAAGAUCGAAACGUUUGUGAUCAUGAAUCGAUCGGGGAGACAAUCACGGAUUCGAGUUUGAUUCAGGAGUACGUCAACGACUUUCGGAAUAAUGCGGAAUUGCUGGAAGGCUCAUUAAACCAGGAAAAAGAAGAAGAAAGAUUCGUAGAAGACAAUCAUCAUGAACGAAUGCGGGAAUCAGGCUCGAAGAUACGUCGGGAAGCUUGUCAGGAAUUUAAAGAAAUCUUGCAAAAUUCGCAAAACUCGCUGAAGAGACCCAAUAGUCUUUACAAAGAAGAUGUGUUGAGUCCACAGAAGUUGAAAAGCGUUUACAACGAGAGAAGUACAAUUUUUGGUUCGCCUACCAGGAUUCUAUCAUCCAAGGGUCACUUGUCGGCUGAGAACAGCACUGAGAAGCUUGCAAAUGGAAAAUUUCCUAAAGAGGACAAGCAGCAGCAUCAUGUGCAAUUUAACAAAGAAUCCAAGAAGCAACAGCCACGUCACGCAUCCGAAGAAAGACCGCACUCGACUCCGUCGAUCUCUGCGUCGAGCAGUUUCGAAGAUAAUUCGAGCUUAGCGCAGUUUUGCGAAGCAAGACCACCCGACGGAGGCUGGGGAUGGGUUGUCGUUGCGGCCUCCUUCAUGGUAAAUCUGAUCGCGGACGGCAUUACCUUCUCCUUUGGCGUAAUAUACGUCGAGUUCCUGAAUUAUUUUGGCGGCGGAAAAUCCAAGACAGCCUGGAUCGGUAGUCUCUUCAUGGCGAUGCCACUAUUGUCGGGACCAGUGGCAAGUUUCUUGACUGACAGAUACGGUUGUAGAAGGGUAACUGUAGCAGGUAGCAUAUUGGCGACAGCUGGUUUUGUUGUCAGUUCCUAUGCGAACUCAAUGGAAGUACUCAUUCUCACGUUUGGGAUCGUAGCAGGUUUCGGUUUGUCCUUGUGCUUUGUCGCAGCGGUAGUAAUCGUGGCGUACUACUUCGACAAAAAGAGAUCUUUCGCUACCGGCUUAUCAGUAUGCGGCAGUGGAAUUGGGACUUUCAUUUUCGCGCCUGUCACGCAGUAUCUCUUAGCGGAGUACGGCUGGAGAGGAACUACGUUGAUACUUGCAGGAUUAUUUUCGAAUCUCGCCGUAUGUGGAUGUCUUAUGCGGGAUCUUGAAUGGACUACUAUUAAAGCGAAAGCGAAGACCGAGGAGAGAAGAAAAAAUCGGGAGAAAAAGAGGUCCAAGAUGCAGAGUUCCAACGCAGAUUCUUUUUCAGCUACCAGUUCCGCAAAUACGACCACACAAACGCCUCACGGCGAUUCUAAAAGAGGCUUCGCAUCGGCCAACGCGAUGAUUAUCGAGAAUCUUCGGCUUCAGGACGGCGACGAGGAGAGCGGUGAAAAACUCUUCUCCAGCUUGGUAAGUCUGCCUACCUUCGUUAAAAAUAGGGAGAAGGUACCUGUAGAAGUGCUGGAGCUACUUAGCGCGAACAAGGCUGUUUACAACGUCCUCCUGCAAAACUAUCCGAGUCUUUUGAUAUCGUCGAAGAGUUUCAGCGAUUCAGGAGCGCUGCACGAUCAAUUAAGUACACCCUCGGCUCGAUUUAUACCUACGCCGAGUCCAUUAGCCGAGGUAAAAAUCGAGACCGAUAAAGACAGAGAUAUGCGCGAAGAAAACGACGAACAAAUAUUCCGCGGUGAGCAACAGCAACAAUCGGUAGAACCGGCGUACUUAUGGUGGCUGAAGAAAAUCGAUUCCGAUACUCCGUUGAGGCGUUCCAGCACGCUGGAACAACCGAAGAGACUGCCCACCGCGUAUUUGAAUGAUAUCAGAAUGCACAGGCAUAGUCUGACUUACAGAGGCGCCAUGCUGAACAUCAAUCGGUAUCGUUUGAGAGCCUCGAGCUGCCCGGACAUUUAUAGAAACUCGAUGACCACCAUUGCCAAGACGAAGCUCGUCUGGUACGCUGGACUCUGGGAAUUCUGGGACUUGAUCGUCGACAUGCUCGACUUUUCAUAUUUCGCCGAUCCGAGAUUUCUGCUGUUCGCUGUCAGCAAUUUUCUCUUGCACACGUGGUAUGACGUGCCUUAUGUCUAUCUGACGGAUAACGCGAUCGAGGUUGGAUUCAGCGAGACGGAUGCAUCUAUUCUGAUCUCGGUGAUUGGAAUCGCUAACAUGGGUGGCGAGAUUUUUCUAGGCUGGGCCGGUGAUAGAGCAUGGGUGAACGCGUCUAUCGUUUAUGCGGUGUGUAUGGCUCUCUGUGGCGGCGUUACCGCUCUAAUACCCGUAGUUGUCAACGAUUACUAUACCUUAUGUGCAAUCUCUGGUGCCUUUGGAUUAUUCAUCGCAGCGAAUUACAGUCUCACCAGCAUCAUCCUUGUCGAGCUGAUCACUUUGGAGAGAUUCACGAAUGCUUACGGCCUUCUGUUACUGGUCCAAGGAAUAGCCAAUCUUAUGGGUCCUCCGUUAGCUGGAUGGCUGUACGAUAUUACAGGCACGUACGAUCUUUCCUUCUAUUUGGCAGGAUUAUUCAUUGCAUUAAGCGGCGCGUUGUUAUUAGUGAUGCCUUUGAUCAGCUUGUACAGAAAAUGCCGGGGAAAUGAAUCCGAGGAGGGGACCGUCGACAAGGAUUUUAACGAGAUAGAUAAUGUAUAGAUAUGCCGAUAUCGAAAGAACAAGCCAGAGACGAGCAAUCAUUGUCUGCGAUUACUAUUGCGCGACUGAAAUCGCGAUAUCACAAUGGAAUUGUAACGCGACUUGCAAAAAUUAUACUCCUUAAUUCCGUAGUAGUGUCUGAAUCCGCGAUAUAUUGCACGAGAAUCGCUCGAGCCGGCUGUGGUGUAUCACAAUAGUUAUAAGUUUGUGUCGAAAUGUCCUUUGCGUCAUUGACGACUAAUGCAGACAAGUAAUGCGAGCGAUUCGAAAAGUAUUAUAUAAAGUGAAUCACACAUGUAGCAACUCGUGUAUUAUCAACGGAUUCCGAUUCUGCGUGGCUAUCAGCGGAUGAUACUUCGCUGCUAAACUUUCGCGAAGGUUACCAGGUCACUUCUAAUCUCCUAGACAUUGCGUAAAGGAAAUUAUUUCGAGAGUGAGUAUAGUUUGAAUAUUUUCAAUAGCGUAGAGAGUGAUAUUACGCGAUAUAGAGUAAUACAUUGUACAAAUUAGGGGAACGCGCUGCUCGUGAUAAAUAUAAAGGGCCUGCGAAGAGAGAAAAGAUUCGUUGUAAACUAUUAUCGCGUUGUCGUCGAUAAUUUGCCGAAAUAGAUUUACAUUCUUGGCACUGCAACAACUAAGUAUAAUUUCGAAUCUCAGGAUAUACUAGUAACAAUUGAUACGUAUACAAAGGUUUGAAAUCGACACAUCUGGUGUGCUCUCUCUCUCUCGUUUGCGUACAGAAAAAUGCGAAUUUUAAUGCAGCAUGCUUGUAAUUGCUACUCCCUCAUUAAGUGCGUUGCAUAUUUUCAAGCUAGAUUGUACAAUUGACAAGUUAUCCCCUCCCGCCCUCGGAUAACGCGAAAGGGAUUGUAAAAUAAUUACCGCACCAGAUAUUCUCGAUCUUUGUAAUCAUCAUCGUAUAACGCAUCCCUCGCAUAGGUGCCUCACUUGUGCAUUUAAAUUAUUAAUUCACUUAAAUUAAAUGUUUAAUUAAUUUAAAUUAUAGGAGAUUUGUGUCUAGUUUGAUUCUCCAAUCAGAUAGAAAUAUUAAUGUGUGCUUAUAAGUUUUGUCAAGUAAUCGCGAAAUACCCGGAUUAUAAGUCGUGAGUCCAACGCAGAAGGAAAAUAUCUCGCACAAGUUUAUUUCUUUUGUUUUUUUCCUAAUUCCUCUGAUUGAAUGUAAUCGGGCCGCAAUUUGAUUAAAUCAAUUUUUUGCGGAUAUUCCUAUUUUUUGAAAUAAGCGAGGAGACAAGAUACAAACGGUUAAUCGGAAAAUAACACCGAAAGAUUUGAUAACAAAUUUUUUCAUUUUCGUGUGAUGCACGAAUUUCGUUUGAAAUAAUAUAUGUCUAUAAAAUAGGCAUGGGUAUAUAGCUUUUCUGUGAUCAUAAACUUGCCUCUUUAUCAAUUUUGCGAGCUACAAAUAGACUACUACCUCCGUUACCAUAGUGUAUGCGUACGUACAUGCGUGCAUGUGUUAAUUCUUUUUUGGUUUUUAUAAAAUGUAUAAUCUAUACUUGAACUUAUAGAUUACACGCGAUUUUUUUCUUCCUUUUCUCUUUUUUUAUUAAAAAAAGGAAACGAGUAAUAGUCGUCAUUGUAGCGAGAUUUUUGAUUGUAUAUAUAAUAACACGAACGAAAAGAAUAAUUGUAAAUUUAAUGCGAACAACAUAAUGAAUUUAUUGGAGAAAGAGGAAUUUUUAUUGCUCUCCGUGUAUAUAUGGAAAGUUCUAAGCGAAAUGUACAUUACUUGACGAUAUUGAAAUCGUGCCAUGCAUGAAAAUUAACGUCAAAUGAAAUAGGUUUUUUAAAACUAGUCAAAAUCGCACUACAAUAUUUUAGGUACUGUCGAUUUCACAAAAAUUUUAUAUUCCAAAGAUUUCUCUUAUACAUAUGCAUAGUAUAUCGUCGUAGGAAUACACGUACGUAUAAUAUUAUAAUAUAUAUAUAUAUAUAUACGAGGCCUUUACACACUAAAACAAAAUACGGAAAAACAUUUAUUGCUUUCAAAUAUUAAGAAUUAAAUCGAUUAGAUGGCAGGUGACUGACGGUGUGAAACGAGAGUUUCGGAUAUUUUUUAUUAGUGCAGAGAGCGUAAUAAUAAAAAAAUCUGGUAUCCGAAAGUAUAAGUAAUCGCAACAUCCCAGAUCGGAAUUUUGAAUUUCGAUUGAGCGUAUUUUUUCGAUUUUAGAAAUACGAUCGCGAUUGGUGUCUUAUAUAAUUGUGUCCCGGUGCCAAGUCCAAAUUAUAUGAAUAUAAUAUUUAUCAUUUUUCUCGGCAGCAUAUAUGCUCGCACAUUAUACAUCACACGCGUACGCAGCCUUACAUGGCAUCUACGAAACGUAUAAAGCAAUAUUUUAAUAUAAAAGAAGGAAAAAAAUUGUGUAUUUCAUAUAUUUACGGUAUCAUGUCGCCGGCUUUGCGAGAGACUGACGACUUUCAACGGUAGUAUUAAGCGAUAGUUAUUAAGAUGAAGAAGAAUGGGACGCAAAUAAUUUGUGAAAGAGCGAGAAUCUGUAAUAGAAGUAUCAAUCGAAUCCCAGAGAGCGAUUCCUUCCAAUAAAAAAAAAAAAAGGAAAAAAAAUGUAGCGAAGCACGAGAGAGUUUCAGCUGACGAUGUAAUCAGCAUUCCACUUAUAUUAGGUGAGAUUGCAAAAGUUCUUCUAGAAUUUUGGCAUUCUACGAAUUUUCGAAGGAUCUUAAAAAUAUUAUCGAUUACCAAUUAUAUUUCCGACAAUUUUAAUCGCGUUAAUUAGAUCGUUACGAUAUCGAUCUAGCGUGUCUCUAUUAUAUGGAAUUACCUUAUAUAUUGGCGCAAACCAUUUACGGAUUUACGGAUUUCAAUGUUCUUGUUGACUCUUAAAUAUUGAAAGAACGAGUCUACGAUUAGUCUUAUACAUAUGUAUACAUAAAUUCUUAGCCAACGCCGAUUCCUAGAACGACGUGAAUACGUCGAUUCUGUUUCACGUAAAUCCUCUCAUGUAUUGGAAAGUAUCCGAAAAUGAUCCGAAUAAAUAUCGUAGUGAUUUCUCGACA